UGAAGUUCUGAUACAUGCAAUGACAUGGAUAAACUUUGAAAGAAUUCUGCUAAGAAACCAAUCACAAAAAACACACAUCUUAUGAUUCCAUUUAUAUGAAAUGUCCAGAAUAGACAAAUCUCUAGAAACAGAAAGCAGAUUAGUGGCUGCCUAGGGCUGAAAGUAGGAGGUUGAGGUGGAGUGAUAGUUAAUGGGUAUGGGGCUUCUUUUGUGGGGCAUGGGGGAUACGAAUGUUCUAAAAUUAGAUUGUGGUGAUGGUUACAUAACUGUGACUAUACUAAAAAAACCAAUGAAUUGUACACUUUAAAUGGGUAAAUUGUAUGACAUGGAUUAUAUCUCAACAAAGCUGUUUUAAAAAAAGGAUAACAGAUCAAGACUGCCUGGGUUUGGAUCCUCUCUAUCACUUUGUCAUUUUACCUUGGACAAGUUAUUUAAGCUCUAGGCUACAGUUUCUAAACUAAACAGAGGAGUAAUAGCAUCACUACUAGCCUUGUUUGGAGGAAUAAUCUGUGAGAUAAUCCAUGUGAAGUGCCCAUAGUAAAUUCUCAAUAAAUGUUAGCUAUUAUGAUGAUGAUGAUGAUGAUGGAUUAUCCAACAAUCUUAGAGUUUGGUAGUAUUCCCAUUUUUCAGAUGAGGACUCUGAGGCCCACAAAAGUUCAUACUUUGCCCAAGGUCAUGCACCUAAUAAAGGAGCAGAUAUUCUGAUGACACAUGACUGUAAAAGCCAGGCUUUUCCACCAUGUAAUUUUGCCUGCUAGAGUAGAUGUAUCUUUUGUGUUUUAAUAUGCAUUUAUAGAAGAUGCUUUAAGAAUUAUGUAACUAGCUUUCUCUUUUUCGCCGCCAUCCUGCUCUGCGUAGCUGACUGCUUCUCGCCAUGUCUUUUCACAAGACUUUCAGAAUCAAGCGAUUCCUGGCCAAGAAACAAAAGCAGAAUCGUCCCAUUCCCCAGUGGAUUCGGAUGAAAACCGGUAAUAAAAUCAGGUACAACUCCAAGAGGAGGCACUGGAGAAGAACCAAGCUGGGUCUAUAAGGCGUCACACAUCAUGAGAUGACACACUUAACUGGCACACGUCUUUAAUUAAGCUGCGUGAAGAUCAUGUGUUCUCUCAUUCUGUAAACAUCCUUCCUACCUGGCCAUAGAAUUGUCUUAUCAUUGAAAUGAUUUUUCUCUGUGACUAUGCCUCUGUACCAGUAGGUUUGUUCGGUAAUAAAUGUGAGACCUUUUGGCUCUACUGCUGUUGUGUUUCUGAUUUGUGAAGUACAGAAUUCCCCCACCUGUCAGAUUCAUGCAUAGCACUGUCAGAACUUUCUGCAGUGAUAGAAAUGUCCCUUGACAACCAAGUAUGUAAAGUGUGGCAAGAGGGUGCCUGGGUGGCUCAGUGCCUUAGGCGUAGGUCAUGAUCUCAGGGUCCUGUGAUCAAGCUCCCCACUGAGCAGGGUAUCUGCUUGCCCCUCCCCUGGCUCGUGCUCUCU